AAUUUAUUAUUAUUUGUGUCUAUUCCUCUCUGUUUGUUCCUUCUUUGUCUUCUCGAUUACAUAUAUCCCCAAUUCCCAACCGGAUUUAACAUUUUGGGCUGGAAUUUUGUUGCAUCGGGUGGAUGGAUGGCGGGUUUUGACCAGACUACCUUCCUACGUCUGGGAGAUGGAAGACGGGAGAGAAAUUCUUAUAGAAAACUGAUUUUAUGUAGAUCUCUUUCGGUUUUGAUCUUCAGCUCUCUUUUUAACUAUUCUCGCACUAGUCUAUUUUCCACCUCCUGUAUUUGUUGUGUGAUUUCCUUUUAAAUAUUUUCAUAUUUCUUAUUAUCUAUAUCUUUUUCUAUUUGUGAAUAUCUGUUAGUUACUGUAGAUAUUGAGUCAGCAUUUUAAUAUUGAGAAUGAGUCUGUUUGAUGACUUGUGGUUGGUUUCCAUCUUGUGCCGGAUGUGUCCUUGACUCAGAGUGUUUAACCAAAUAUCAACUGACACCUCCUGUAAACCUCCUGCAGUGCCAUGAGAAUGAUAACCAUUUCUUUAUAUCCUGCCUCCUGUUUAUGUCAAUGUAUUUAUUGUAUAUACGAACCUCCGCAAGUUGUGGAGUCGGAUCAACAUUAUCCCGCCCCGGCGAAAUUUCUCCCGAGCUUCAAAAAAAAUAAAAAAUAGUUGAAGCCGCAAUUGUUUAUCAGACAACACCAACACUAAUAUCUAUUUCUAUGCAAUUGGCCUGCGAACUACUACGAGCCGGGAACCUCAGUAGCGCAAUGUAUCGUAUACCUACCUGUUAAAUCUUACUUAAAACUCCACGACUCCCCCAAUCAUUGAUUCCCCAGCUCCAACCACCCACCUCACCUCACCGCAACCAUGGCGGCCCCCGUCCUCCCUCUCCCCCAAACGAAACUCCCCUCUAUCCCUUCUACCCGCCUAACCCCCGAACAACAAUACUGGCGCUCUUUUAAGAACCCUCUUCUCCUCCCCUCCCCCUCCAAUAGCCCCAUAAACCACAUCUCCCAACCCUUCGCCUCCUCGAUCACCUCCUCGACCCAGAAGCCAACAGCAGCACCCCCAGACCUCUUUACCGUCGCAACCGGCGCCCGCGUCCAACUCUACUCAAUCCGCACCCGCAAGCUCCUAAAAACCAUAACCCGCUUCGACGAUAUCACCCGCUGCGCCUCCGUGCGCGCCGACGGCCGCAUCCUCGCCGCCUCCGACGACAGCGGCACCAUCCAGGUCUUCGACAUCCACUCGCGCGCCAUCCUCAAGACCUGGCGCGAGCACAAACAGCCCGUCUGGGCCGUGCAGUUCUCGCCCGCGGAUCCCACUGCGCUGCUCAGCGCGAGCGACGACCGCACCGUGCGCCUGUGGGAUCUGCCGAGCGAGAGUAGCGUGCGGACUCUGCUGGGUCAUGAGGAUUAUGUGCGGUGCGUGGGGUUUAUGCCUGCGGCUGGUGGGGGCAGGGGGACGGAUUUGCUCUACUCGGGUGGAUAUGAUGGGCUGGUGAAGGUCUGGGAUUCGCGGGCGGGCCCGGGAGGGAGGAGUGUGAUGACGUUUAAGAUGCGGGGGCCGGUGGAGAGUGUGUUGCCGUUGACGGCGGGGACGACGAUGCUUGCUGCGGCGGAAAAUAAGAUUGCGGUGUUGGAUGUCGUUGCGGGGAAGCCAUUGCAUGUUAUCAAGAGUCAUCAGAAGACGGUCACGGCGCUGUCGCUAGCGUCGGGCGGGAGGAGGGUUGUCAGUGGCGCGCUGGAUGGGCAUAUGAAGGUGUUUGAGACCACGGGGUGGAAUGUGGUGGGCGGGAGCAAAUAUCCCUCGCCGAUUUUGUCGUUGGGCGUCAUUGCCACGGGGUCGGAUAGGGAGGACAAGCACAUCGCCGUCGGCAUGCAGUCUGGUCUGCUAUCCAUCCGCACGCGGUUAUCGGGUGAGCAGAAGGUGCGCGAGCGCGAGCGGCAGAGAGAGAUGCAGGCGCUCCUCGACGGGAAAUUAGACGAGCACGACAAACGCGUGGCGAAGCAGCAGAAAAAGCGCGGAAAGGGGUGGGAGAAGCGCCUGCGCGGUAUGGAUUUUGUCGGGGAAGGGAUUGAUAUCGUCAUUGACGCGCAGGGCCCGGCGGCCUCGACCCGGAAGCGUAAGCGGGAACAGCCCUGGGAACUCGACCUGCGCAAAGGCCGCUACGCCGCUGCUCUCGACGCCGUCCUGGCCUCCGCCAAUAGCAACAAUAGCAAUAAUAAUAAUAAUAAGAGCACCGCGGCGAAUAGCAAACUGAACACCCUAACCCUCCUCACGGCGCUGCGGCACCGCUCCGCCCUCCGCGCAGCGCUCAGCGGGCGCGAUGAAGUCACGCUGCAACCCGUGUUGAAGUGGGUGUAUAAAUCCAUCACGGACCCCAGGGUUGUGGAUAUGUGUGUGGAGGUUGCGAUGAAUAUACUGGACAUCUACUCGGGGAAUUUGGGCCAGUCGGCCAUUAUUGAUGGGAUGGUUGAGAGGUUACAUGCGCGGGUGCGGGAGGAGGUGGAUCGGGCACAGCAGGCGUGGAUGACGAAGGGGAUGUUGGGGAUGUUGAGUGUUUCUUGAAAUGUUGAUUUUGGUUUCUUUUGUACGUGCUGUUGGGAUAUCUCAUUAUAUUUUAUCGGAUGGCUGUUUGGGAGUUUUGGAUCCCCCGUUUUUUAUUUCCCUCCCACUACAUACUCGAGUGCAUAGUGCAUAGAUUUAUGUUUCUGUUUCCGUUUUUAGCGAAUUCUGCUGGAUGAAAAGGAGGAGAAAAAGCAACAGUGUUCAUAAUAUAGAUUCUGUUCUGAAAUAGCAUCCCCGGCCUAUGUGAAGCCAAGAGUCAUCAUAAUAAUUGAUUCAAAAAACAUCCACCUCAAGGCCCUAGAAAGGAGGGCCGAGACAGAUAUAUAUGAGAAGAAGACAUCGAGAAAUGAAAAUCAUACGUAUCCAUCAAUGCUAGCUUCCCGCUCAACUGCUACCGACGGAUGGACGGCAAUAGUCUAUGUCCUGUAUCCCCCAUUCCCAUCCAAAAGGCUUUAAAAUAUCCGCAUCAAAGUGUUGUAAAGGAGGGUCUGAAACAACAAAGGGAUAUAUAUCCACGACAAAAUCAUCGAGAAAUGAAAAUCAUACACGUCGCCACUCACCCAUAAAUCACGCCAGCUUCUUCUACCAUCAACAGUCCACACAGACAUGGGGCAAUUUUACCGUAGAUUCCCCACUUAAUAACCCUGAGCAUACAACCUCGUAAACCCCUCCCCAGGCUCCGGCUGCAACCAGUUCCGCUCAUCAUACUUCCACCCUUCCGCCCCCUCAAUGACAUGAAACGUAUACGCAAACCGGCUGAUGUCGCUGGUAUUCCGCUCACUCUGAUGCAGCACGUUCCCAUGAAUGAGCACCAACGACCCCGCAGGGACCUCCAAUAACUCAAAAUCCUCGUCGCGAGGUACAUAGGGCUCCUCUUCUUCCCCUCUCCCAUUCC